AUGGUUGGUGUUCAGGUUUGGAGUCUUGAUUCUCCCAAAUCCAAGUAUACUCUCUCUGGACAUUCCAAUUGCGUGCACAGCGUGGAUUUCUUCAAGCGUGAUGGUCAGCAGUAUCUGAUUAGUGUCUCUGGUGAUAAGACUGCCAAGAUAUGGGACUUGCAGAAGAAGGAGUGUGUUCAUACACUCGAACAUGAGUCUAAAGUCUGUUCCGUCUUUGCCCAUCCCAGUCUUCCAUUUCUAAUUACAGGUGGUCGCGAUGGUGUUGUUCGUGUGUGGAGCUCCACUGAUUUCAGGCUGAAGACAAAGCUUGAGGUCAGUAUGCUUGGGUUCAGUAUUCGUGGUUUCGCAUGUUUGACGGGGUCAGAAAGGGUUGCAGUUGCAGACUCAUAUGGAGUGUCCGUGAUGGAAAUUGGUGAUCAAGGAGGACAAGGUGGUAGUGAAGGCAGCAGCAACGAGAAUUCCAUAUCAGCUAUAGAUUUUUAGGAAACCCAACGCCAAUCGAGAGGUAAAGAUUCCAGACUAGUAAAGCGUGUACUCUUUCAUCUAUCAGGGUUGCAGCUGCACAAAUUUAUGAAGUGUCAGUGAUGAAAAUUGGUGAUGAAGAAGGACAAGGUGGUUGUGAACUAAUAGAUUGCACGUGAACUAAUUUCCUUGCCGUUAGUUAAAGCACAGUUUGGUAAAGGUAAGUGGCAUGCAUGCACAUGUUGUGUGUUGGUAAAUCUAAUUUAGCACACGUCGAGUGGGCAGCCAUCUUUUUAGAAAAAGUUUUUGUCCUCCA